UCCCCUCCCCUAGUCGGGCUGCGGAUCACAGCUUUUGUAACGCACAUUGAAUGGCAAAGCUGGGGAAAACUGUUGGAAUAUGUUGUGAAGCAGAGAACACAAAAGAUUAACAUGGUAUUAAGGGCCGGUGACAGAGAAAAACAUAUGCAGAGGACAGAUACAAGCGCUUACUAACCCAGAGAAAGAGUGGGAAGACAGAAAGGAGAAAGGAAGGAGGACUCAGUUGGAGGGGACGCCUGCAGGGCUGCGGCGUGGACACUGCGUUAGGGUUGGAGCUGUUUCCACCCUGGACGACUAGCAGGCAGAGGAGUGACUGGACAGUGAAAGAACCCCGAAACGAGCACAUUUGACUAAUAUUGCGCAAGACAAACACCUUUAUUUUGUAUGGGCUGUGUACUCUGUUGUGUCUUCUGCUCUGCUCUAGCUACUGCUGACAUCGGUGCAAAACGAGCAAUUCCUCGAAAAGAUGGUGUGGAGGAUGCCAGCUGAACCAUGAAUCGGGAUGCCAGAGCAACAGAGGAAGCAUCUGCACACUUCACUUUCUGCCGUAACCUUCUGGAACACACAGUAUCAGCAGAAGACCUGAACUACAGGUUACAACGAGAUGCCCAGUGUAGCUUCACCUGGCAUGAUGGUAGAAAUCAGCGAACAGCAGGUGGGCGGACUGUCAAGCUCCUUCAACAGCCUGGCACUGAAAUACCUCAGGCCAGACUGAAUGAUUGCUAUGGAGUUUACCACACGAGUCCUUUACUGGGGAGCCUCACCAAGCCAGUUGUAUUGUGGACACAGCAGGAUGUAUGCAAAUGGCUGAAAAAGCACUGUCCACAUAACUAUCUGACUUAUGUGGAAGCAUUUUCACACCAUGCAAUUACAGGUCGUGCACUUUUGCGACUCAAUGCAGACAAACUACAGCGAAUGGGAAUUACCCAGGAGGCUCUACGGCAGGAAGUACUCCAGCAAGUGCUUCAGCUGCAAGUGCGAGAAGAGGUCAGGAACCUUCAACUUCUCAGUCAAGCUUCUUUUGGAAACAUCUCCUAGCAGACAGCACUGAGCUGCACAAGACACCUCAUCACUGUGAACCUCCGGUACCUGGGAAGGACCUGCACAUUUCAAACAGGAGUGAUCGUAGUAUGUGGAAUAUAGUGAGCCAUUUCAGACUGCCUCCAGGGAGCCUUCUGAGCUGCUGCCUUCGGUCCCAGUGCUUCCAUAUUUUUGAUGGAUUUCGCUUUCUUCUCUUCUACUGUACUCUCAUGAUACACAGAGUCAAACAAAAAGUAUCAUGGCUGACUCCUAAAUGAGUACUACUGGAAUUCACCAUGCAACAGAGCCAUUCCUUUAAAAAACAGUCUGCAGCAUUUCAUUACUAAUGACAGAGUGUAAGACAGAUGAAAACUAGCAUAUGUAGCCAUCCUAACUAAAAGGGUUUACGCUUUUGCGUUAUCCUUGCCAAGAACACAUACAUUUAAAGCUAAGCAGGGACUAGCAAAUGUACCACAGGGCAAGCUGUCUUGCUCAGAAAUACACUUUCUUCUUCUUACUAAUGCAACAUUCCCAUUUGAAUUGGCUCCAGGUAGGGAUGUGUAAAUAGAAAUUCAGCUCUAGAAACAUGGUUAGUACUGUUAUUUUAUGACUUUUCUUAAAGUUAGAUUUAUUGAUUUUUUUAUAGAUGUGUACAGUAUAGCAGUCUUCUCCUAAAAAUGUCAUUGUAUGCUAGCUACUGUUUUGGGUUACAAACUGACCUAAGCUGUGAUCUUCAUAGCGUCUAUGGUACAGGGGAUCCCACUUCUGCCUUCAUAGUGGUGUUGAAGUUACAUGACAAGGUUCGCAGUUGCCAUGGCUACAUUUCCUGGCAGCAGCUGUGGUAUGUAGCACUUACAGGUUAGUUACCUCCAGUUUAGUAUUAGGUGUUACUGCAUGCAUUUUGCUACAGAGCGCUCAAAGAAACCAAAUUGCUGAUGCUGUAGCCUGCUGUAUUGUAUUCUUUUGUACCCAUAUGCUUGGGGCACUGCAGGGUAUUUUGAUUAUUUUUCCAGCCACUAGAUAAUGAUCAAGCAAGAGAGAACGGCUACAAGAAUGUUUUAAAUAAUAAAAAACUCUCUCAUUUUAUGUACAGUAGAAACUAAUGACACAUAAGUUGUCUUACUGUCCAGAAAACAUGACUGAAGCUUGAUGAUUUCAAAAACUGAGUAAAUCGCUAAGAAUGGAUUAAGUUAGCCCUCUCUACAUCUAUUAUAGUCAACAGCUUAAUAACUUUCCAUAUUUAAAAUGUGUCUUAUUUGCAGUGUGUGUGUGUGCUUCUUGUUUCACUAACAGUUUGUAUUCCAUUUGAAAGACUUUCAUUACUUGAGGGUUGAAAAAACAGCCAUGCUCCUCAAAAAAUGCAAACUACAAGAUAAACCUAUCCAAGCUCGAGUUUUCUUUGUAUGAUACCUUAAAGCUGCUGUGAUAGAGAUCCAAGGGUAUAUGCACAUGACCCCUUAAGGACAUCAAGUGUUUCAGCUAUAUGGCUUCUGAAUAUCCAUGACUUUUUACUUUUUCCUUAAGUCUUUAUGGGCAGAUUCAGGCCAAGAAAGCAAAGUGUGAAGCUUGGUGAAUAGUUCAUUAAAACUUGCAAACUUAAAUGUGGAAUAGGCUUCUAGUUUUAUGCAAGCUACGGAUAUCCUGUCCAAUUAAUUCAGAAUACAGGAACAUGCAAAACCACAGAGGCAAUUUAUUAAACACAGACACACUAAAAACGCUUUCACUUAUGCUUUCUCAGGUCAAGGUGUAUUCCUUACAUGCACAUCCUGUUAAAAGCACAUCCACAGCUCAUAUGAUCGAACAUUCAGUAAAAGUGUAAAAACUGUUUAAGUGCAUGAAACUCUUCAAAUAUAUAAAUAAAGUUUAAAACAUUCAAAUCUACUUUUUGUUUUUCAACUUCAAUACACGUUUCAGGCUAACAGUCUCAUUCAUUCAAUCUUGGAUAACUAUCAGCAUGCAAUUUGUUUAUCCAUUUAUACUCAACAUUUUCAGAUGGCAUGUUUAUGUUCUAUGUAAGUGAUGAAGACAAAUUAAUAGGCUUUUGGCAUAAGCAAAAGCAUUUUUAUUUUGUCUGUGUUUAAUAAAUUGCCACUGUGGUUUUGCAUGAGCCUCUGUUUAUUUAUUUAUUUAUUUUUUGUUAUUUGCAUGGACCCUGCAAUUAGUUGCUGAGCUAUCUUUUGGUUUGUUGCUAUAUAAUUAGUUUAUAGGUCAUAGAUAUAGGAGUCAUGGCCCUCAAGUCAUAGUAAUCCAAAAAGCAGGGCAAAAGAAGGCUUCCACACUCAACCAUGCUUUAAUUCCACAUAAUACAGCUAUAAACUACUUCAGCCAAAUGCAGUACAUAAAAAAGCAACACAGCAGUUAAAAAUAAUCCAAAAAGAUAAGCGCUUUUAUUCCACUCACAUAUAAAAAGGAACUUCAUCAGAUAAAUGAACAAACUGCCAUUAGGCUUCUUAUAUACUCUUAAACCAAUAACAGCUAAAAUUCAGAACACGCCCUUAUUGCAUGAAAUAGCCUGAGAAAACCAAGCAUAGUAAAAGAACGCAUAAUAAAAGGAACCUAUAGUGUUUUUCCUCAAAUCAUAGUACACAGAAUACAAGCCAAAUAACCCUGAACAUGCAUAGAAGGAUGUGGUAUUAAACAACACUUUUUAAUUACACAUACUUGUGAAUAGGCAAACAGCAACGAUGAAAAAUUUCAAUGGCACUAAAUACUAGUUGUGGACUGGUAAAGCACUCAGAUCAUCAUUAUGUACUCCAGGCACUGACAUUCAGAUCUGUCAGGCAUUUUAAAUGGCUGAUGUUGGACAGUACUUAAAUGUUAUCCUACUGCAUACACUGCAGAAUGAAUAGGAUCCAAGAUGUAUGCUUCGUGUUUUGCUGUGGCCUACUUUGAAAACAUGAUUCAUGAAAUGAAGUAGUCACAACAGUUCCACAUUUAUAAUCAGGAUAUUUACUUCAGAAAACCACUGUCAUCAGAGCAAAAGCAGGAUUUUAAGCCACACUGAAAGAUGUAUGCACUUAACACACAUAAACACACACACACACGUAUCAUUUAAAAAAUGCGGAGUGAAGAGAUGUGGAAUAAGUACACAAUGAGAACAAAAAUCGAAAUGGAGGAAGCUUUUGAUCUGCUUGAUACCAACACAUUUGAUCUUCUGACAGUCAUCUCGGCAGAUUUAUUUCCAUCUCAUAGACACAAUACAGAACAAGUGAGACGGCAUUAUUGUGAAUUCGGCAUUACAGCAAUAAUGGGUUGCCAUAUCUGUAUCGUUGCUGUUUUUCACUGGAUGUUUGUGCCCAUUUCAAAGUGUGGUAGAAUGGAUGUGAUGUUACAAUUCUGAAUCCUUACAUUUGAUUUAUUUUUUCUUAAUGAUGGGAAAAGAGCCACAUCUAGUGAUUAAUGUGACUUUUUUCACACAUCUUUUCUUUUUGCAAAAACAUACAAGCAUUCUCUUGUUCUGCUAUGUAUUUCUCAUUGUGUGGUCUUUGGACUUCAUUUUUAAAAGUCAGCUGCAACACAGUGUUGAGAAAGACAGUGUUCUUUUGUGAGCUGCUAGGUUCGAACCACAACAACUGUACCUGGGCCAUAUUGUUGCAGGAAAGCACCUUAGUUGCCCAUUUUCCCCAUAUCCCUUGGCAAUCUCAGUAUAGUGGUGGUUAAAUAAUCCAGUGUUGUACAUCACAUAAGUACUUCAAGACCCUGAAUCUAGUUUUGUUUUAAUUAGUUAAAUUUUAGUUGACCAUUUAUACUGAGUUGCUCAUUGUUGAGGGUAGCUAGGGAGCAUCAGAAUGUGGCAUGGUUCUAACACCAGUAUCAGCUAAUCGCAUUUUGUUUCAUUUCAUUAAGUUUUAAACCAUUUUUGGCAUUAUGCCCAGCACAAUUGGUGUGGAAUGUUUAUGAACAGUAGUGAAAAUUAUAUCAUUUUGUCUCCUUUCCAAUCAACUCUACUGAGCUAAGCAUCUUGUUAUAUAUCUGGAAUUGCAUUGAGAUUCACUGACAGGGUAUGUCUGCAUUUAUGAAGACAUAAGAGUGUUAAAGAGCCCUACACUUGGCAUCACCUAGUCUCAGUUUCUAACAGUUUUGCAUAGUUACCCAUUUGCUCCACUAUACUGAGAAGUGCCACUGAGAUACAGGAAGGAGAAUAUUUGGGUAUAGGAAACAUUCCAUUUCUGACCCAUUCCCAUAUCUUGUUCAGUAACUCAGACUGCCAUCAUUCUCCUAAUUUAUUUUUGACAUUCUCUCAAAAUAAGGCACAUCCUGAAUUCUCACACCAACCUACUUGUCUUUGAUUUCUUACCUGCUUCCUAAUCUAUACCAGCCUCCACUUGGACAUCCCUUCUAUCCUCUGCCUUAGAACUUAAUCCAGAAUUUUCUACGUUCUGGUACACUCCUACCCUGGUUGACUGAACCCUUCAAGAUUUUCACUUCCUUUUCACUUUAAAGCUCAGGAUCUGCCAGCAUGCUCUAAGCAAGUUCAGAACCACUCAUCUCAUGCUUUUAUACCCUCCUCCAAUCUGUCAUCUUUCCCUCCCGAUUUUUUUUGUAGGAUAAUAUCACUUCAUUGCACUUAUCCCUGACCAUGGUUAUCCCUCACAGUCUUCUGACCUGUCAGUUAAUUCCCUGCCUUAUGGAGAUUGUUACGUGUCACUUAUUAAUGAGACUGUCAGUGAUAUACAAUGCAUUUCCAUUACAAAAAGAAAAAUAAAAUGCAAAACUGUCUCAUGUCAGUAGGCUGCCUUGACCUUCAGGGAGCAUUGGAAGGGGUAGUUUCCCCAGGGAAGACAGGAAUUACAAUCUGAAAAAUGCAGGAUGAAGAUAAUGAAUAAACCAUUAGCUGUUGUGCAUUAGUGUAAAACACCAUGCAGUACCUUUUUGUGUGACAUAAUCAGCUAUUUUUCUGUAAUUAUAUAAUCUAAUGUACAAUACAGAGGACUGAAUUUGAAAAAAAUAAAUAGCGUUAUUCCCAGUA